UGGGCGGCGACGCUCGCCAUGGGGGGCUUCUACCAAGGCAAGGGUGGAGGUAAAGCUGCAGCUCCCGCAGCAGCUCCUGCUGCGGAAGGGGUGCCAGGAGCUUUGAAGCGAAAGUUGCAAGCUCUGGGCUAUCCAGAACUGGGCUCAGUCUCCUUGGAUGGCCAAGCCUACAUGAAGGUCAUCUUGUGGCUCGAAGAGGAGAAGAUCCGGCUGUACGAGAAGAUUGACCGCGCACCGCUGCGCAAAUUUGAUAAGAGCUGGUUUGAGGCCGUCGCAAAGUAUGCGAAGGAGUUGGGAGUGCCUGCAGAUGGACUGACUGAAAAGGCAAUCAAUGUCAAGCUCAACGUUUUGAAUGGCCUCACGAACCUGGCGGUCCACGACAUCUACCGUGACCAGGAUGAGGCCAAUCAGCUGCAGAACGCGGUCCCGCACCAUGCCCCGGCCGCGGGGCCCAAGCAGCGCCUGGGAGAGCUGCUGCCCGCGCUGAAUCGGAUCCUGGGCACCUUCGAGCUGCCGCAACUGCCGCAGGAUGCCAUGGAUACCGACAUCCUGGCAGGCCUGAAGUGUGCUCUUGUGCGUGUGGCGCCCACAGGGGCAGAGGAGCCCACCAUGGACCUGAGGAAGUUACCCUUGGGUAUCGAUGUGGCGGAUCCUGAGGUGCGAAAGGCUGUGGCAGUGUUAAGGCUGCUUCACGGUUUGGAACUACAGCAGCUACAGGUGAACAUCAACACCGUGAUCAACGAGUUGCAACAGCUCACUGCGAACCCACAGACAGACUCACGCCUGGGUCGUGUGGGCAGAUGACGAGUACAGCCCGCGGUGCGGAUAGGAAGUGGCAACCAUGAAUAUUC